AUGAACUACGACCUCCCUUCCGUUGCUGAUCUCAAGGAGGCCGUCGAGAGCGGCGGGUUGCGGAUCACGCCCGAGGACGUGUCGGUGAUCUCCCAUGCCGAGAGCGCGCUGACUGGGCGUGGACCGCUCCGAGGUGGACCAGCUGCCACGGCCCAAAGCCUUGCGAUGCGGCAAAUGAACUUUGAACUCAAAGUGGACGAGCUUUUGCGGAAACCACAGAGCCACAUUACGCAAGAAGAUGCACGGGAGAUCCAAUCCGCCGAGAGUCGGGCCUUCAACAAGCGGUCGGGCAUCGGAUCAAUCUCCGCACAAGUGCGGACCAUUGCCAACCGCAAUGAAAUCUUGGGCUUGUCUCCAGAUACGACCGACAUGCCGGUAUACGUGACCAAAGAUGACGCCCGUGAGGCUCAGCGAGCCGAGGCCAUGCUGUACGGGGGGCUGAUCUCGGGCCAGGGUAUAGCGGCCUCCAUGCAGAUAAGUUGGAGAUACGCAAGUGUCAAGACCGAUCGCACUGACUGGACGUGUCCUGUAGAGUGCAGCGGACAAGAUCGAGCAUGCACAACGCAAUAG